UUUCGAUUUAUUUUCAGGUCAUUUGCCAACAUGACCCUGUCCAAGAUCUGUUGUAUAGGGGCAGGGUAUGUAGGUGGGCCGACAUGUACCAUCAUUGCAGACAAAUGUCAUGAUGUGACGGUAACCGUUACAGAUCUUAGUCAGGAAAGGAUCAACCAAUGGAAUUCCGACAAUCUCCCCAUCUAUGAGCCUGGUCUUGAUGAAAUUGUGCAUAGAAGAAGAGGAAAGAAUUUAUUUUUUUCAACAGAUGUCAAAAAAGCAAUCAUAGAAGCAGAACUUAUCUUUAUAUGUGUCAACACCCCGACUAAAAACUUUGGACUUGGUAAGGGUAGAGCUGCUGAUCUGAAGUAUGUGGAGUCUGCAGCCAGAAUGAUAGCAGAGGUGGCUAACCAGUCUAAGAUAGUGGUGGAAAAAAGCACAGUACCAGUAAAGGCAGCCGAGAGUAUAUCUAACAUACUGAAGGCCAAUCACAGGACAGGAGUGCAAUAUCAGAUCUUAUCCAAUCCAGAAUUCCUUGCUGAAGGAACAGCAGUCAAUGACCUUUUACACCCAGAUCGAGUUCUGAUUGGUGGAGAACAGACAACAGAAGGAAAGGAGGCGGUAGAAUCUCUCUGCUGGAUUUAUCAGCACUGGGUACCAAAGGAAAACAUCAUCACAAUGAACACCUGGUCAUCUGAACUGUCAAAACUAGCAGCCAAUGCAUUCCUAGCCCAGAGAAUCUCCAGUAUCAAUGCCAUGUCAGCCAUUUGUGAGAUGACAGGAGCAGACGUCACAGAGGUCGCACAUGCAGUUGGGACUGACACAAGGAUUGGCAAUAAGUUCCUGAAAGCCAGUGUGGGCUUUGGUGGAUUUUCAGGCUUUGGUGGUAGCUGCUUCCAGAAGGAUGUACUUAACAUGGUGUACCUGUGUGAGUGUCUGAACCUACCUGAGGUGGCUGAUUAUUGGCAACAGGUCAUUAACAUCAAUGAAUAUCAGAAGAGAAGAUUUGCCAAUAGAAUCAUUGAGUGCCUGUUCAACACUGUGACAAAUAAGAAAAUUGCAGUGUUUGGAUUCUCAUUCAAGAAAGACACAGGUGAUACUAGGGAAUCGGCAGCAAUCUAUAUUUGUAAGUACUUAAUGGACGAGGGUGCUAACUUGAGAAUAUAUGACCCCAAAGUCACAGAGAAGAAAAUAUUUGGUGAAUUAACAAAUCCUAUGAUGUGUGAAGAUCCAGAAAGAGUGAAGGAAUUGGUAACAACAUACAAAGAUCCGUAUGAAGCUGCAGAAGGAACUCAUGCAUUAGUUAUCUGUACGGAGUGGGACCAAUUUACAACACUAGACUACAGCAGAAUCUAUGAGAAGAUGUUAAAGCCUGCUUUUAUUUUUGAUGGCCGACUCAUUUUGGAUCAUGAAGCCCUGAUGAAGUUAGGCUUUCAAGUAGUGACCAUUGGAAAGAAGUUGCAGCGUUCCAACGUUCACCGACCUUUUUCAACAUCCACUCAGAGCUGACUACGCUGUUAGAUGUAGUGAGACUGUGAUAGAUCUGGCUUUAUUCACGCAAUUGCUAACCUAGAGAGCUAUUGCUUCAGAAAUGCAUAAUAACACUUCUGCAAUAAUCAUUUCAAUUCAUGUCAUGUUUUAUUUUUUCUUGUAUUAGACUUUGUGCAUGGGAUCAUGCUUUUAAUGUAAAAAAAUAAUGCUUUUUUUUUCUUUAACAUAGCCUAUAUUUAGAGAAGAGGUCAUAUUAAUAAUUAUACAUGUACUCUUUGAAUGUUACAUUUAUUUGAGGUUAUAUUGUAUCUCUUUUAUUUUUUUGGUUGCAUUUAUGUUUUACAUUUCCUGAAAAAAUUGUGAGAGAAAUCUAUGGAUUACUUUUCAGUGCCAUAAUCAUAAAAGGGAUGUACAUCGAACAAGUAUUGCAUUUUCAUUUUUCCAUUAUUUGUUGUGUGGUUAUAACAAUGAAGAAAUAAUAUGUCUAAGAUUCUAAUCUGGGUUUUAAAAAAACUUUUGCCUCCUCGAAGCAUUGAAAACUGCCAAGUUCUAUUUUUUAUGGAUUUUUAUAUUUUUGUAACUAAACUUAAUCAAAGUUAGGCAUUGAAUAGUUGAUCAAUAUAUUCAUUAUUUUGUUUAUAAUCAAAUGUAUGUAUGAUUUUGAUAACUUAUCCAGAGAUUGAGUACCUCCAUGGUUUAACUACACUGAGAGUUGAAUCUACUUUGUACAAUGUAAAUCCACACAUCAGAGAGUAUUUAUAAUUUUAUAUGUAUAUUAACACUAGAUUUAAACUCAUAGAUUAAGAUUAAAUUCAUUGUAAUGUUCUUUCUCAAAAUCUGGUUUAUACAUUGACUCAAUUAAUUAUUAGAAGUUUCAGUUCUCAUGGCAUUUACUUUAAUUUUGAUGUGUUUUUGUGGAGCCUAUAUUGUACAGUCAGACACCAACAUCUCGCACAUGACAGGACAGAUUUUUUUUUCAAUUUAUACCAGUCCAUUUUAUUUUUAAGUUGGGACUCAAAUUUAUGAUUCAAGGACCUGCUUUCACAUACAGUUGUAUCCCAAGAUUAGAUGUGCUUGUGUUCAAGAUAACAACGAUCAUUAGUAUAUGAAAACUUUCAAUAGAAAAGACUAUUUUCAGUAUUUAUGAUGUAGUUAUAUUAAAAAUAUAUUUAAUCUCACAAAAGAAUUAAGUUGUUGUGUAGAUUGUUUUGAAGUAUUAUUGUAACCAAAGAUUAGGAAAAUAUAUACAUGUUUGAUAAUACUAUUUUUAAAGGAAGUACACUAUAAAUUUUUUUGGCUUUUAAGGGUUGUUCUUUAUUGUAUAAAUUUGUUAUUUUUUUUUGUAUAAAACAUCAGUUAAGUCUGUGAUCUACAAGAUAAAUCCAUUUUAAAGAAUUGUAUGAAGAAAGAAUCAUUAGUUAAUACAUGUACUAAAGUGUUGAAGGAUGGGAUCUAUGUAAGUGAGUGUAUAGCAUCAUGUGAUAUACAGUACUUUCUACGCAUGCCUUAUUGUACUGGCUUAUUGCAGUUUAGUAUUGCAUUUUAUAUAUGUAUAUAAUUAUAUAAAUGUAUAAAUUAAUGAUUUAGAAAAAUUCUGUCAUACAUUGUUGAUUUAUGUAUUUUAGUCAAAGCAUUGUUGUUAUAUUGAAACCAGAUGUUUUGUUUAUUGUCAAAACAUCACACAAACUGAAUAUCCAGAGGACAAGAUUUUGAUUAAAAUCAAAUAUUUCUUGCUGAUUUGAAAGUACAGUAGAUACAUAUAUAUGUAGUUAACUUGAAUAUAAAAUGAAAUCAGAUGUGUAACUGGUACUUAGUUGGAAUAAAAUGACCCCAUAGGAUACAUGCAUGUAUUUGUAUUUGAUAGGGAUGUUGUUGAAGAGCUAUACAUCAAAACCAUUGAUUUAUCAAUAUACCUAAAGAUUAAGAGCACUAGGUACACAUGUUAGUAGUCCAACAGACCCUACCUGUACAAAUGUUUAUUAGAAAAGGACCUAUACCAGUGCAAUUGAGCUCCACACAUUAUGAUGUCAUAGGAUUCAUAAUUAAUAUGAACUUGCACAAGAACUGUUAGAUUAUAGAUACUACGUACUCAGUUUUUAAAACGUUUUUGCUUUUCUGAUCUAUUGUUGUUGUUUUUUUUUCAUUCAGACAUAUUAAUUUUUUUUUAUCAUUAUCAAUAUUUGAAUAUUUUAAUUUUUGUUGACCAAUUUUUUGUUGGCCAAAUGUCAAAUAAUAAGCAAUUCAUACAAAUGUGUACUUGUACAUGUAUUUGUUGUUUUAAAUUUAAAAAUCUGUGUAGAUAAUGUUUUGUUUCUAAUACAUGUACAUCUGUGUAAUGUUAUACAUGCAUCUUGCCACCUUCCUAAGCAUGGAAGUUUUGCAUUUACAUCUGACAAUUUUUAUGAAUCUAGCUAUACAUCUUUUUGUAUAUACAUGUAUAUGUACAAUGUAGAUUUUGGUUUAAGAAGAAAAGACAUAAACCAAGAUAUAGUGUC